GAUGUCCUGAGUCAAAUUGCCCCUCUCGCUGUGUCGCCUUUUGGACAAACAUGUGGCUCGCUUCUGGUGGGGUGAUAAUGAGGGCCACUCUCGAAUUAGGUGGAUGGCCUGGCGUGACAUGUGUAGGAAUAAACAUGAGAGGGGAAUGGGGUUCCGUCGGUUUGAGCAUUUCAACCAAGCUCUGUUAGCCAAGAUUAGAUGGCGUAUUCUUGUGAAACCUAACUCCCUGCUGGCCCAAGUCUAUAAGGGCAAGUAUUUCCCUUCAGGGCACUUCCUCACUGCUAAAGCUCGAUCUCGCCCUUCUUGGGGGUGUCAAAGAAUCUUGUAUGGUCGGGACUUACUGGGGAUGGGCCUCAGGUGGCAAAUUGGGAAUGUGCGUUCGGCGUCUCUACUUUGAUCCCCAUGUAUUCCUCAACUACAACUUGAUCCUCCGCGGUAUAAUCCUAUGGUUCUGCCAGAAGGGGGUGACCCUACAGUGGCAGAGGUGAUUUGUCAAGGGGAGGGGCGUUGGUGUGAUCUCAAACUCAGCCAGUGGUUUGACCCCCCUACUUACCGCAUUAUCAAAACUAUUCCCCUGCCGCGGCAAAACCUGGAGGAUAGGUUGAUCUGGCACAAUACUUCGGAUGGGGUGUUCUCGGUAAAGUCAGCCUAUCAUUUGGCCGUCUCACUAGAUAAGAGAAAGGGUCGGUGGAAGGCGUCAGCGAGUUGGAUGGAUAAGGCCAGUUGGAUCCGUUUGUGGGAAGCUAAUAUCCCCCCCCCCCCCCCCCCCAAGCUUAAGGUGUUUGUUUGGCAGAUUCUGAACCGGAUCCUCCCCACCACGGAGGCCCUCAUUGAUAGAAAAAUACAUGCUCAUCCUCAGUGUCCGAUCUGUUGGGGUGGUCCGGAAACCAUGGAGCAUUUGUUUUUGGAUUGUCCGGUCGCGCGUGCGCUUUGGGGAUAUUCGGGGCUGGAUUAUUUAGGAGAGGGGUUGCCUCAACAUACUGUUCCUCUGUUCCUUGAGCGUUUAAUGGCUUUAAUCCAAUAGCCUCAGCUUCUUAUGGCAGUUGUCUCCAUCCUGUGGCGCAUCUCGAGAUCUCAUAAUUGGGUUGUCUUUGAAGGCAAGCAAUAUGUGUUCCCUGCGUUAAUGCGACAGUUUUCCCAGCAAAUUGAGGAAUGGGUGGGGUUGCCGGUGGAGGCGCCCCCCAGCUCCGUCGCCCUGUAGUACAACAACCUGGGCUGUCGAGUCCCGCUGUUGGGAUUGUUUGUCAAUGGGAUGGGGCUACUAGGAAGGGGUCUCAUUCGGCAGGUGGGUGGGUUCUUCUCGCUCCGACUGGGGAUGUUCUUCUGGCCAGUGGGGUCCAGUUCCCUGGGAUUGAUGAAUCGGCUGUGGUGGAACUGUUUGUGCUCCGAGAGGCUAUUCUUUGGUGUUUGGGCCAUGGGUUCACGGAGGUAGGGUUUGAAGUGGACGCCAAGGUGAUCAUUGACAAAAUCAACCAGGCAGAUAUUCGAGAUAACCAACUGGGCGUGGUUCUAGAAGAAGUGUUGCAAGUUGUUGGCGGUACCUCUGGGUUUAGUGUUUGAUUCAUAGGUCGGCGUAGUAAUAGGGUAGCCCAUAUGGUGGCUAGAAAAGCCCUCGCUUUGUACCCGACUAUGAGUCAUUUUUUUGAUUUUCGAGCCUAGUUGAUGUCCAUGAUGUAACUAUCUUUGUUUGAAAUCAAUAUAUGAUUAUCUUUUGUAAAAAAAAAAAACACGAUAUUUACUGGACUACACAAAAGACGGGAAUAAACUAAUUUCCUCUAGAUGACCUUCAUUAUCAAGUUCGAGUACGAAGCUUUGUUUGACAGAAAAUAUUAGAUGACUACCAAAACCACAACAAAAAUUACUUAAGAUACAAUUUCAAAGGUACCGCUAUAAAAUAAAGGGGAAAAUUUGGCAGCAGGCUGGGUUGCUGCCCGCAGCAGCUGCCUGUCCACAUGGAGCUCCCCCAUUGGCUCAAUAUUUAUUAUUUUUAAUUAUUUCAUGGCUAGCCAUAAUUGUCUAUUGGAAUGGACGGAACGAAACGAAACAAUUUCCGUUCUUUCUUUUUUCCCUUUCCCACUGUAAUUAACUUUACUGAGCCUAUAUCAAAUAAUAUAGUUUGGUUAAAGUUUAAUACCUAACGAAUAUAAUUCUAUAUAAAUUAAGUCUAGUACAAAUAAAUCAUUCAAAAUGGUAUCAAUCAAAAUUAUAUAAUCUGUGUACUUUUUCCCAUUAACGAUAAAAGUAAUUCUAAGAAAAUAAUCUCCUGAAAUGCAAUAAUCCUUCUGAGAUACUUAAGAAAAAAUAAAUGUUGUCAAUAUUCUGCACCGUGUAGAUUAGGAUUUGUCAUCAUGGCAUCCUACAAAUAUAACAAAGACCAUAAUUAUAU